GAACCUGCAGUAAUUUGACAUAUGACGUAACCUCAAAUUGUGUGAUUUAACAAGUCACACAUGUUGUUAAAUUAGUUCGAAGUGCGAUGUUACUGAAGACUCCAAAAUCUGGAUUUCGUAGAUGGUUAAAACGUGGGGCAAUUUUCAUGUUUAUUGGUGAAGGCAUUGCUUUUGCUAUUAGUUACGGAGUUUGGUACAGUGUGAACACCAAGAGAGAAUAUCGUAAAUAUCUCCACGACAAUUAUCCCUCUAUCUUGGAAUAUUAUUACAAAAUUGGUGAAACAAUCAAUUCUGACAACAAAAUUCGCCAGAUUGAUUACGCUUAUUGGGAGAGUGAGAAACAUUGAUGGCAGAGCGAAUAAUUAAGUCGAUUUUUUGGCUAGUCGCUGGUACAGGUUUAGGGUAUGGGUUGCUCAUAACAGUGCCACCAAAAGAAGAAAAUUUGAAAACGAAAUUGCCAGGUUUGGAGUCUCCUACUGAAUCACUAACUAAGAAACAACAGUUUUCCACCAUUCUACAGUCUGCUUCCAGCUCAUCCCAGCCCUUAUACCGCUUGAAUAAAGACGGCAUUGAUAAAGAAAUUCGCAAAUAGUG